CUUUCUUGAGAAAGGCUGAUCUAUUGCACGGGCUGGAGCUCGGUCUUCCCGUCUUCUCAAAUCAUCACUCCAUUCUUGACUGGGAGUUUCAUUUUAUUGCUCUUGCAAUGGGGAAAGCAUUGAUCUGGAGCCGCAGGAAAUGAAUGGUUUUUGGAAAUUUAAUGGUCCUGAAUUACCGUAUGAGGCAGACUCCAUUGCUGCAUUGCCCAGUCUUUUCCACUUGCUCUUGGAGGGAACUUUUGGGUUCAGAAGAUGGAAGCUUGCAACUUUGUUUUUCCUUCACCCAGGAAUUUCCACGAACUGAAGCAGCUUUCUUAAUUUGUUUCCGUUUGUCUCAUUGAAGUAUCUAUUUGAUAAACGUGUGUCGUUCUGGUUGGUUGCGGCCUAAGUUUUAGAGUUUAAAGCCCUUUCAUUUCAAUGAUAGUAGCCUAGCCUACCUGUGAUUUUUUGCUUCCAUUGUUGCCGAGAAAGGCUUGGUCUGGUGGAUUAGGGCAAUGGAUUUAAAAAAUAAAAUAAAAUCAAGGGAUAUCUACAUGAAGUUAGGAAAUAGACUGCGUUUGUGGACUAAAACUUAGAAUUUUGGCUUGGAAAAAAAAUCAAGUGCCAUCUACAUACAAUUAGAUUAGAUAUAUUAAAAUUAGCCUUGGGAAAGUAAUUGGAAUUGACUUCAAAAGAAAAAAAAAAACGUAGGGAGCUCGCAAAUUUUGACUGGUGGCCUUUCCGAAAUGAACACCUUUUUGUUUCUUGCAACCUUUUUCCUAAUGCUUGGGUUUCAACUAAAAAACAAGAUGUGUGGUAGUUGAACCUUCCUUACCUUGACCUUACUACAAGGAUUUCAUGGAUCUCUGUACACAUACAAGGAUCCAUUAGUUUAUUGACAGAAAACAAUAACAUUGAAUUUGAAGUAUCAGUUUUGAAUUUCACAUAUAUUGUCACUAUCUUAUUAUUAUUGUUUUUUUGGUAACAUGUCACUAUCUUAUUCAUGCAUUAUAAAGUCAUUGUCUUAUUCUAAGGUUAAAAAAUCAUCCACCGUGAAGCAAAAGAGUACGAUAUUUCUGCCUUCGAGAGCACCAAGUCAACGUGCAUACUUUUGGUUUCUUCAGCCCAGGGAGUUCCACAGACCGCUAUGUUGGAAUCUGGUACCACAAGAUCCCGGAGAGAACUGUUGUUUGGGUUGCUAACCGUGAUAGACCCAUCAAAAACAACUUUGGCAUGUUGAGCAUAAACAGAGAGGGACAUCUACUUCUCAGCCAUAAUAAGACUAUUGUUUGGCUGGCAAAUUCCACCACAAGGGCCUUGAGUCCGAUUGUGCAGCUUUUGAGCUCUGGAAACUUGGUGCUAAGAGAUGGGGAAGAUCAAAAGCCCCAAAACUACUUGUGGCAAAGCUUCGACUAUCCUUCUGAUACGAUUUUGCCAGGAAUGAAGUUUGGAUGGGACCUGAGAACUGGGCUUAAUCGACGUUAUACAGCAUGGAAGAAUUGGGAUGACCCUUCUUUUGGAGACUUUACAGCAGAGCUUGUACUACACUGUUAUCCUGAUUUAGUAAACUGGCAAGGCCCAACAGAGUAUGUAAGGAGUGGCCCCUGGAAUGGUGUUCGGUUCAGUGGCAUCUCUUAUGCGACGAGCAAUCCACUUUAUGAAGCAAGGUUUGUAUGGAAUAAAGAUGAGAUUUAUUCAGUGCAUAAUGUCAUAAAUGAGUCACUGAUUACUAGAUUUGUCUACAACCAAACAUUAUACUCACUACUGGAUACAAUAUGGAGUGAAGAUGAUCAAAGGUGGAUUACAUUUAGUUUUGCACCAAUUGAUAAUUGUGAUAGAUAUAAUCGUUGCGGCCCAAAUGGAAACUGUGUCUUGGGGGACACACCAAUAUGCCAGUGCUUAACCGGAUUCUUGCCAAAAUCACCAGAAAAUUGGAAGGCAAUGAAUUGGGCUGAAGGAUGUGUCCGCAAUAGAUCAUGGAGUUGCAAGGAAAAAAAUAGGGAUUAUUUUGUCAAAUUUGGUAGGCUGAAAUUGCCAGAUACUACAUAUACUUGGGUGAAUAAGAGUAUGACACUUGAGGAAUGCAAAGCCAAAUGCUGGGAAAAUUGUUCUUGUAAUGCUUAUGCUAAUUCAAAUAUCAAGGAAGGAGGUAGUGGUUGUGCUAUGUGGUUCGGUGAUUUAAUUGAUAUAAGGCAGAUUCCCUUUGAUGAUCAAGAUUUAUAUAUUCGUCUAGCUUCUCCAGAAACAGCGAAACAUGAUGAAGCUAAUGGAAAUAAGACAAAAGUGAUUGUUGUAACAGCAACCACUGUAUUGGCUGUUGUGAUGCUUUUGGCUCUGUUUUGCAUUUACAAGUGCAGAAGAAACUCUAUAGCAAACAAGAAGGAAGGUUCUGAAGGAAAUAUGGAGCUAAAAACCUUGUUGGCAGUAAACAAUGAAGAAGGCUAUGAAGGAAAUAUGGAGCUACAUAUCUAUGACCUAGCAGUAAUAGCUAACGCUACUAAUAACUUCUCAUCUGACAACAAGCUUGGCCAAGGUGGCUUUGGGCCAGUAUACAGGGGUAUGCUUGCAGACGGACAAGAAAUUGCGGUGAAACGGCUUUCACAAAGUUCUUACCAAGGGUUGUGUGAAUUUAAGAAUGAAGUCAAAUUGUGUGCCAAACUUCAGCAUCGUAAUCUUGUUAAGGUCCUUGGUUGUUGCGUUCAAGGAGAAGAAAAAAUGCUAAUAUAUGAAUACAUGCCCAACAAGAGCUUAGAUUCAUUUAUUUUUGGUUCUGAAAGUAAAUUUCUAAAUUGGUCCAAGCGCUUUCACAUUAUUUGUGGAAUUGCUCGAGGGCUUGUAUAUCUUCAUCAAGAUUCUAGAUUAAGAAUCGUCCAUAGAGACCUUAAAGCAAGUAAUAUAUUAUUGGAUAGUGAAUUAAAUCCAAAAAUCUCAGAUUUUGGCUUGGCAAGAAUAUUUGGAGGGGAUCAAAUUGAAGAUAAUACAAGGCAAAUAGUUGGUACAUAUGGUUAUAUGGCUCCUGAAUAUGCAAUUCAUGGACUGUUCUCUAUCAAAUCUGACGUAUUCAGCUUUGGAGUAUUACUGUUGGAAAUAGUGAGUGGCAUGAAAAAUAGGGGCCCUUUCUUGCCAAGCCAAAGCGUUAAUCUUAUUGGACAUGCAUGGAGGUUGUGGAAUGAGGGAAUCCCACUAAAAUUCGCUGAUGAACAUUUGGGGAACUCUUGCACUGAAUCAAAAGUAUUACGGUGCAUUCACAUUGGUCUUCUUUGUUUGCAAUGCCAUGCUAAUGAUAGGCCAGACAUGACAUCUGUGGUUAUAAUGUUGAGUAGUGAGAGUGUCUUGCCCCAACCUAAAGAACCAGGUUUCCUUUUGGAAAACAUCUCAAUUAAAGGAGAAUCCUCUAACAAUCAUACAACUCCUUCAAGUAAUGAAAUAUCUAUCACCUUGUUAGCAGCCAGGUAAAGUCAAUUUUAAUUCUUGAUUUUGUACCAUUAAUGAGCGAACUCUUGAGGAAAAGACUACCUAUUUGUAAUGAUGCUAGACAAUGUUGAUUCUGAUCAACUCUCUUGAUUCGGCACUGCGCUUGUAGUGUAAAUAAAAAUAUUUUCUCCUUU